ACCCAAAAUCAGUCACUUCCUUUAUAACCCGGAUGUGAGCACAUGAGCAAAGAAGCAGCAGCACACGUGAAAAUAUCUGCCAAAACAGACAUCUGACACAAGAUGGAUAUCAAAGAGGUCCCCGUGACCCAGACAGACAGCAAAGGUAAGAAAAAGAAGAACAAGAAGACAAAGAAGAAGACAGCAGAAGAUGCAGAGAGCAGCGGUGUCGAGCAGAAAGAGGAGAAGAUGGAGAAGAGCGAGUCAGCUGAAGCUGCCUUCCCCCCCACCUUCAGUGUGUCUGAAAUCAAGAACAAACAGCGGAGACACCUCAUGUUCAUGAAACUGAAGCAGGAGAAAAGAAAGCAAAAGAUGCAGCUCAAGAAAAAGAAGAAAAAAGAAAGAGAGGCUUUAGGUGACAAGGCUCCACCAAAAGAAGUCCCCAAGACGAUAGAAAACCAGAGGGUGUACGACGAAACCAUAGUCGACCCAGAAGAUGAAGAGGUGGCUUUUGAUGAGGGAACAGAUGAAUUUUCUGCCUACUUUAAUGGACUGACAAACCCUAAAGUGCUCAUCACGACAUCAGACAGACCCAGAGGGAGGACGGUGAGGUUUUGCGAGCAGCUGGCCACAGUAAUCCCAAACGCACACGUGUACUACAGAAGAGGUCUGGCCCUGAAGAGGGUCAUUCCCCAGUGCGUCGCCAGGAACUUCACGUACCUCAUGGUGAUCAACGAGGACCGCAAAAUACCCAAUGGUAUGGUUCUCUGUCACCUACCCGACGGGCCGACUGCUCACUUCAAGAUCAGCAGUGUUCGACUACGUAAGGAGCUAAAGAGACGAGGUAAGGAUCCAACUGAACACUCUCCAGAGGUGAUCCUAAACAACUUCUCCACACGUCUGGGCCACAGCAUCGGCCGGCUUUUAGCUGCCCUUUUUCCACAAGACCCUCAGUUUGUUGGCCGGCAGGUCGCCACCUUCCACAACCAGAGAGACUUCAUCUUUUUCAGAUUCCACAGGUACAUCUUCAAGAAUGAGAAGAAAGUUGGCAUUCAGGAGCUGGGACCUCGCUUCACCCUCAAACUCCGCUCUCUACAGAAAGGCACCUUCGACUCAAAGUUCGGCGAGUACGAGUGGGUCCUGAAGCGCCAUGAGAUGGAUGCCUGCAGACGGAAGUUCCAGCUCUGAAUGCAGAACAACCGCCAGCUUUUGCGGUCGGACAAGGCAACCUCAUCUGUUAUCCAACAUCUUCCAGCUGUUUGUGGCUUUACACAAAUGGACUUCAUAGUGGAUGUUGCAGAUUCUUUGUGGACAACUAGUGGCAACAGUUACACUUGUUCUCUCAGCACAAUUACAAAUUUGACAGAGACAACUGGAUUUUUACUCAACUGUGUUGCUACAUAUUCACGUUUUUCCUGAAAAUGACUUUUAUAAACCUGUAUUUCCAGUACUUAUCUAGCUCCACCCUUAAUCUUUUGACAUGUUUUAUGGGCACGUCAGGGCUGAAGGUUCAGCUGAGGAUUGGAGCCUGUAGCCCACACUGGAGACUUUUCUAUCAGCUGGGAGACACCAGAUGGGACAUAAAGGCACUCCACAUGAAUCCUGUGGACUUGAAAACGCUGACCUGCCUGCUUGUGUGUAAAUUGUAUUGACAGAUGUGCAGUUUCUAUCAAUUGUAUCUCUAUGGAUGUAGCCCAAAAUGGAUCUGAAAAUCAGAUUGUGCUCUUCCUAUUCAUCAUAUUGAACAUACAGUUACUAAUAUUGGUCUGUUGAGCAUGCAGACACACAUAUCUGCUGCAUCCUGACCUGUGUAAAUGACAAAAGGAACAGCAACAGUAGCUAAGUAAAUGGUUAGAAUUGUAUCUACAGUGCAGCUGCUUUUGUAUGACAGGAUUUUCAAAAAUGAUUACGGAUGAGUGUCUAAAUGUGUAUAUUCUCAUUUUAAUAAAACAUGGCUGCAAGUUUAAAA